AAAAAAAAAAGGACGGACCGGAUAUUUUGGGACUCGGAUUUCUCUCCACAUAUGGCUAAUUUUCGAAGCCUCGACGAGCUGUUCAUUCAGUCAGCUAAGCGGACUCCAAAAUCAAUCUUCGACUCGACUCGGCGCUCAACUAAAACUUGGCAGCCUACUUUAGCCUAGCUUGGCCGCUAACAACGGAACAAGGCGUCUUCAUCAACGCGUCGUAAAACAAGUGCAGGAAAUGUCCGCGAGAACAACACAGGCAGCACGGGAGGAACUUUGUGGCGCAAAAGAGGAGCCGGCACCUCAUCAAAACUCGACUCUUUGCAAAAUCAUGCCAGCAAAAGUUGUUCUUCCCAGACUAGAAGGCAUAAGAAAAUAUACUGGUCCUGAGUGGCAGUUUCCUGGCAUUAAACAGGAAGAGGGGCUCAGCCAAAUCAAAGACGAGGAGCCACAGCCCCCUUACUGGCACAAGACAGAUGAUCAACUUCCCUUCAAACUAGAGGAAGAGGAGUUGUCACUCGUGAAAGAGGAGGAAGAAGAGCAAGAUAUCAGCCGGUCGACCGGCGAGGCCUUGAAGAGUGACGACGAAGAUCCGAACGCAGCCGACGGAGGGACGGAGCCUCCGAGCGGCGGCGACCCCUCAUCCCGAACGGACAACCUCAUCGCUCCGCUAUCCGAUAGCGACGGCGCCGCGUCACGUUCGGACGAUGACGAUGCUAAACAUCGCACUGACAAAUGCGGGGAAUACUCUCAGAGUGGGAAAAGCGGCGGUAAAAAGCGUUCCGCGGGCGAGCCAGCGUUUUCGUGCUCGGAUUGCGGGAAAAGAUUCACUCGCAAGACCUCCCUGAAAAUACACACAAGAACCCACACUGGCGAGAAGCCUUUUUCCUGCUCGGACUGUGGUCAAAAAUUCACACAGAAAGGGAGCUUAAAAUUACACGCCAGAACCCACACCGGUGAGAAACCUUUCUCCUGCUCAAUUUGCGGCCAAAGAUUCACGCAGAAGGGCCACUUAAGCAAGCACGGCAGUACCCACACCGGGGAGAAGCCUUUCUCCUGCUCAUUUUGCGGUCAAAGGUUCUCCAAACGGGAAAAUUUAAAAUUGCACACAAGAACCCACACUGGCGAGAAGCCUUUUGCCUGCUUAAUUUGCAGUCAAAGAUUUGCUCAGAAGGGCAACUUAAAAAUCCACACCAGAACCCACACGGGAGAGAAACGUUUCUCCUGCUCCAUUUGCAGUCAGACCUUCACUCAAAGGCAGGCCUUAAAAAGUCACACGAGAACCCACACCGGCGAGAAACCUUUCGGCUGUCCGGUUUGCGGUCAAAGAUUCGCUCAGAACGGAAGCUUGCGAAUUCACGCGAGAACCCACACCGGCGAGAAACCGUUCUCCUGCUUAGUUUGCGGCCAAAGAUUCAGCCACAAGGACUCCUUAAAAACGCACGCGAGAAGCCACACCGGCGAGAAACCUUUCCUCUGCUCCGUUUGCGGCCAAAGCUUCACGGAAAAGAAAUCCAUCAAAAUGCACUUAAGAACCCACACUGGCGAGAAACCCUUUUCCUGCUCGGAUUGUGGCCAAAAAUUCACUCAGAAGGGAAGCUUAAAAGUCCACGCCAGAACCCACACUGGCGAGAAACCUUUCACCUGCUCCGAUUGCGGCCAAAGAUUUACUCAGAAAGUGCACUUGACAAAGCACACGAGGACCCACACUGAUGACAAAAAAAUUUCCUGCGCACACUGUGGCCAAGUAUUCAGCCAGAAGGGACAUUUACAACAACAUGUGAGAAUACAUACUGGUGAGAAACCUUUUUCUUGUUUGAUAUGUGAUGAGAGAUUCUCUUGGAAGAAUCAACUUAAAAGACACGUGUGCAUAAGAAAAUAUCUUGAGCCUGACGUUAAAGAGGGAGUGGGGCUCACCCAAAUCAAAGAGGAGGAGCCAGAGCUCCCUUACCAGCAAAUGCCAGAAGAGCAACUUCCAAUCAAAAAGGAGGAAGCGCUACCGUGUGUUAAAGAGGAGGACCAAGAUAUUACCGGGACGACCGGCGAGCCCUUGAAAAGCGAAGACGAAGGUACGAGCGCGGCCGGCGAAGGGACGGAGCCUCUGAGCGGCAGCGGCGACAGCUCAACAGAAGGAUCCCGGGAUCCGGACAACCUCAUCGCUCCACUAUCUGAUAGCGACGACGCCACGUCAUAUUCCCCGUAUGCUGAUGAUAAGGAGCCUGAAGGCGGUACCAAACAUCACGACGACACGCGUACGAGCGAGAAACCUUUUUCGUGCUCCGAUUGUGGCAUGAGAAAAUAUCUUGGUCCUGAGGGGCAGGAGCCUGACGUUAAAGAGGGAGUGGGGCUCACCCAAAUCAAAGAGGAGGAGCCAGAGCUCCCUUACCAGCAAAUGCCAGAAGAGCAACUUCCAAUCAAAAAGGAGGAAGCGCUACCUUGUGUUAAAGAGGAGGACCAAGAUAUUACCGGGACGACCGGCGAGCCCUUGAAAAGCGAAGACGAAGGUACGAGCGCGGACGGCGAAGGGACGGAGCCUCUGAGCGGCAGCGGCGACAGCUCAACAGAAGGAUCCCAGGAUCCGGACAACCUCAUCGCUCCACUAUCGGAUAGCGACGACGCCACGUCGCAUUCCCCGUACGCUGACGACGAUGAGCCUGAAGGCCGUACCAAACAUCACGACGACACGCGUACGAGCGAGAAACCUUUUUCGUGCUCCGAUUGUGACUGUGGUUUCCGUCUUGCAGACGUCAGCCAAGAAGAAGAGGAAAAGUCGCCAUACAUCAAAAAGGAGGAGGAGGAAGUGUCACCGUGCGUUGGAGAAGAUGAGGAAGAAUUCUUACACGCGAAAGGAGAGCAGGAGGACCAUUUUUUCCAAGUUGGGCAGCAGCAGCAGCAGCAGCAGCAGCAGCAGCAGCAGCAGCAACCUCCUCUCCUUAUAAAGGAUGAAGAGAAGGGUAUGUCGAAGAGCGAAGAUGUCCCGAGUCCGAGCGAAGCCGGCAGCGGCUCGACGGAAGGUUUCCGAGCGGACGACCUCAUCGCGCCGCUGUCGGAUAGCGACGAGGCCACGUCGCACUCGCUUCACGCCGACGAAAGAGGUCGAGAGGCGAGCGCCGGCGAGCGUUCUUUGAAAAAGCACGCCGGCAAGAAAGCUUGCAUCUGCUCGAUCUGCGGUCAAAGUUUCACUCGGAAGGGAAGCUUGAAAAUACACACGAGAACCCACACCGGAGAGAAACCUUUUGUCUGCUCGGACUGCGGCCAAAGAUUCUCCACGACGGGAAAUUUAAAAAUACACAUGAGAAAACAUACCGGAGAGAAACCCUUCAGGUGCUCCAUUUGCACUCAAGGGUUCUCGACCAAGCAAAACUUAACGAGUCACACGAGAACCCACAGCGGCGAGAAAUCUUUCGCCUGCCUAAUUUGCGAUCAAAGGUUCACCGAUCUGGUCAAUUUAAAACGACACACGAGAACCCACAGCGGCGAGAAAUCUUUCGCCUGCUUAGUUUGCGGUCAUAGAUUCACACGGAAGGGAAGCUUGAAAAUACACGCGAGAACCCACACCGGCGAGAAACCGUCGUCCUGCUCCGUUUGCGACCAAAGAUUCACCACCAAGGGAUAUUUGAAAAUACACAUGAGAAUACACACCGGCGAGAAACCUUUCACCUGCUCGUUUUGCAGUCAAGCGUUCGCUAUCAAGCAAAACUUGAUCAGUCACACGAGAACCCACACCGGAGAUAAACCUUUCUCCUGCUCGCUUUGUGGCCAAAGUUUCGCGAGGAAGGACAGCUUGACGAAGCACACGAUGACCCACACCGGCGAGAAACCUUUUCCCUGCUUAGUUUGCGGUCAAAGGUUCACCCGGAAAGACAGAGUUAGGAAGCACGUGUGCGUCGGCGUGAGAAGCGGCGGCCACUGACCGUUUUGCUCGUCGGCGCACGCGGGACGACGGUAUCCCGUGGACCUUCCUCUUGAGGAGGAUUAGCACCGUCGGCGCUUUGUCCAAUGCUUUUGGGACGAUUGCAAAAAGUGGCACGACGAUUGAGUGCCAUGAUGUCAUCCUUUUCCCUAAAAUAAUAAAAUAUUACAACUGGACAAAAGAUGAGCGCUCGGUUACUGUUGUCCCUUCCUUUCCCAGUGCUACUCACUUUGUCGCUUUUAACUUGCGUUUAAUCUUCAAACGCUUAUUUGAUCACCGGUCAUCAACAAUGAAUUGACAUUGUUGGCCGCAGGAUUGUGUAAAUGAUCUUUUUUUGAGCUCCGUGUUUUGAUCAUGUAUUCUCCUGGUGUUUAAAUCACAAAAGGAAUACUUUUUCCCCUUCAGUUUCAUUAAAAAAAAUGUUUUGUUUUUUAUUGUUAAGAACUGUAAGGAAUUCAACUUCAACGCCAGCUCACGUUUCCUCCAUCGAAACGAUUUCUUAUCGAUCCAAAAUUGACCAAAACAAAGGCCUUCAUUCAUCAAGUGUCUUCAAUUUGAAUGGGUUUGUAUUACUUAGGACAAAACA